UGCGCUCGCAGCUUCCCUCCUGCACGCCGCGCUGCGCUCGCUCUCCCCUCUCGGUCACGCUCCUGUGCAGACUUCAGACCGGAGUGGAGAUGAAGCUGAUCCUCGCCCUGCUCCAGCGCUGACCCCCCCACCCCCCCUCCCCCAAUGGAAAGACAAACUAGUUUGAGAGCGAUGUUGAUGCAACAGCUCCCUCUGCUCUCUGCUCAUCCGCUGCCUCGUUUUGGGGGGGUCUGAGCGAGCGGCGGAGCUCUGCGCCGGCGGUUCCCUCCUCCUCCGUCACGCUGAAGGAUGCUCGGAUCUUCCGGACUUUGGGAAUAUCACUUGGACAACUGCUGGGCUGCUCCGAGUCCCAGCCGGAUGACGGUCUGAGCAGGAGCAUGUCACAGGCGCCUGCGCCGCUCAUGGAAACGAGCCGUCUGCCGCUGGUUCUGCCGGAUCGCUGCCUCUGAAGCAGACCUGACAUUUUCCACGAUCCCAGAAUAUUUGAGGGAAGAAGAUCCUGAGGAGCAGCUUAAGGCUGGAUGGUUCUGGACUUCUUCUGGACUGGGAUUACCGUCUGACUUGGAGAACUCGGACAUGAGGAGUUGACAGAAGAUCUGGACCCUCGUCGUCCUCACCGGAACCGGGCCCAGACGGAAGGAUGGAGAGAUGAAGAGAGGAAACACAACAAGCGCGAGAUGGUGAUUAGAGAAAUCCCCCGGACUCUGUCGGAUCCCUCGAAUCAGCACACUGAGAUGACCCAGGAGGCGUGUCCUCAUAGGAGCAAUGUCCAGAGUUCUGACAAACCUCACGUCUACAAGGUGGGAAUCCACGGCUGGAGGAAGCGCUGCCUUUACUUCUUCGUCCUGCUGCUGAUGUUCCUGAUCCUCAUCAACCUGGCGCUGACCGUCUGGAUCCUCAAAGUCAUGAAGUUCACCAUCGACGGCAUGGGCAACCUGAGAAUAACGGAGAAAGGCCUGAAACUGGAGGGAGACUCCGAGUUCCUCCAACCCCUCUAUGCCAAAGAAAUCCAGUCCAAACCGGGCCGCCCACUGUUCCUGCAGUCGUCCAGAAACAUCUCAGUCAACGUCGUCAACAGCAACAAGCAGCUGCUGACGCAGCUCGUCACAGGAUCCAGUGGAUUCAGAGCACAAGGCCGCACGUUUGAAGUCAAGUCCACCUCCGGGAACCUCCUCUUCUCCGCCGACGAGCAGGAGGUGGUGGUGGGGGCGGAGCGACUGCGGGUGACGGGGGCUGAAGGCGCCGUGUUCAGCAAAUCAGUGGAGACGCCACACGUGAGGGCGGAGCCAUUCAAAGAGCUGCGGCUGGAGUCUCCCACUCGCUCCCUGCUGAUGGAGGCUCCCAAAGGGGUGGAGAUCCAGGCCGAAGCCGGAGACAUCCGGGCCAUCUGCAGGAACGAGCUACGGCUGGAGUCCAAAGACGGAGAGAUCGCUCUGGACGCUCAGUGGAUCCGCCUCCUGAGGCUGCCGGAGGGGAAGGCCUCCGGCGGCUCCUCGUCUUCAGGGACCCGCCAGACUGUCUAUGAGGUUUGCGUUUGCCCCAAUGGGAGGCUUUUUCUGUCCCAGGCCGGAACCGGAUCCACCUGCCAGAUCAACAACAACGUCUGCCUCUAGAACCGGACCGGACUCUCUGAUCCACUAACAGAAACAGACCCCGCCUCCCGGACGGAUUCCCACUGAGACUGCCAGAGCUGAAAACACCCCGCUUCCAGACGCUCUCGCACAGCGCCGGGGAGGUUCUGGAUUCACGCCGCAGAUGAGACGGCUGCUGUCCGGGUCUGCCGGAACCAACACAGAGACAGCGGCCGGAUCCAGACACUAUCCACACGAACUGAUCUGUUCCCCUCUGUUCAGAACCAGAACCAGCAAGGUGUCACCACGGCAACAGCUCCUCCUCUCCAUCAUUAACUCUUCCUUCUGAUUGGACGCUCCUUCCAAACAAACCAUACCAGUUUAGUUCGAAUCAGAACAUUUCUGACAGUUCUGGAGUCAAACACCAGAAAUCGUGAUGCAUUCAGGCCCUGUAGGAAUUUACAGCAGUCGUGAUAAAGUAAAUUCAUUCAGCGUUUUUGGAGAAAUUCUGAUUUUUCUGACACUAAUUAGUCUAAAAAUAUGGAAUUUCCUGAUCUUCAAGGCAGCUAAUGACCUUUAACCCUUUCACAGAGAAAGUCUCACAAACUGCUGCCCGUCUUUAAAGGGUAACCAAACACUAAAUCCAUGUUUUGGCGGCUUUAAAAGUUCUACCUGUUAACACAUUUUUGACAAAUUAAAAUAAACUUGCUGAACUCCUGAAAAUAUGGAAGAAUAAUUUAUUUCAAGCCAGUAGAGAAAUCUUUAAUGUUUUUGGUUUCGUUCAGAGCGGAAGCAGCUCGAUUCAUAUUUGCAUGGAUUGGCGUUAAGGAAUUAAAGGAAAACAUCAUCAACGUAAAAGGAGAUUUCCUGAUCUGGAUCCAAACUUUAGGAAAAACUGAAAACAGAGAAAAUUUAAAGUCACUGAAAUUAAUGAAACAAAACAAGCAAAGAAGCAUCUGGAAUUUCCCACAUACAGUGAAUGCAGCAUGGUGUCACUCUGAUGGUGGGUGGAGCUAUGAUCUGUUUGCAGAAGACUCAAAUAUCAUCUCUGCAGAAGCACCAGAGUGGGCCAAAGGCUGUGUUUACCUGUUCUACCUGGACAGGUGACGCAUGUCGGCUGAAAGCAAAGUUAUCAACAACAACACAACGUAAACAAACACGAGAGUUUAAAGUAAACAUCAACAACCUAACAGGGUAAAAACCCAGCAGAGAUAAAGAUCGUCUUCACUGUUCGAGAGGAUUCUCCAGCAGGUGUGUUUCCUCUGGACAGGUUAGUCUUCCUCCUAAGCUCACCUGUUUGGUUUGUUGCUGAUUCCUGCUCGGUUUUCGGCCCCCGGCUGUGGAUUCAGGUUCUGUCCCAACAGGUUUAGCUGAAGGCUAAAGCACAACCACGUCUAAGCUCCGCCCCCUCCAGAACAUCAAAGAUCCGUUUGCUCAGACGUUCCACCAAUCCGCCUCGAUGUGUUUCUCCUCCAGUGCCAGACUGAGAGGAGAUGCUCAUAUAGAGCUCCACCCCUUUUCCUGACGGAGGUGUUCACCUGUUCUGGUUCUGGUUCUGGUUCCGACGGGCCGCUCUGUUGGGAGGGGGGAACCUGUGCCUUACGUCAAUGCACUCGUGGCAGAAGAAGAAGCACAUCACACGGACUCUUUUGGCGUCCAGCCGUCACCGCCAUCGGCUUCAUCAGACUCCUCCCCCUGAGCGAAUGCAAAGACCUUCGGCGCCUCUGUCCACGCCAUCAGAGCGGCAGUUUUUGUUGGUCACCAGAUGUUUGUGGUAUGCAGUGAUGUGUGAAGAAGUCUCACCCGUACUCCUGUGGUCUGAACUCCAAAUCUAUGCAUGUUUGACCCUCUUCAGUUUACAGGUGAGAAAAUCACCUGGACACCUUUGAUUUACGAGCUUUAAUUUCACUUCUGAGCUGAACCUUUUCCCACGGUGGAUUUGCUGCGUCGCUACAGUAGAAACAGGACGUUUGUCCACGCUGAGCCCAGAUUUACAUCGUACAUCUCGCUGAGCGCUCGCCGGCGCCAUCGAGCUGCUUCAGGAGGAAGUUUCGUAACAGUUUUCUGCUCCUCUUCCUCUGAAUCGCGGUGCUUUGGUCUCAUGCCUCUCGCUCUGAUCAGACCAGAGACGUCUGAGUAGAAGCUGCAGGAACUGUCCUGGAGAUAAAAACUCCAGCCACAGUUUCAUGAGUCCAACAGCAGCUCUGAGUCCGGAUUCCUGAAGGAGACGGACUCGUUACAGCAGACCAGAUCCAUUUGGUCUGGUCUGCUGUAACCCGUUAACACCAGAGUUUUCACCGGCGACAGGAAACAAGAAUGAACUCUUCAACCGUUUAUGUAAUCAACGUAAAUCCAGCGGAUUCUGAUGCAGAGAAAAGGAGCUUUUUACUGUCCUACAGUGUUUUUCUCUGCCUCAGAAUCCGCUGGAAUUAUGUUGAUUCCAGUUACGGUUGAAUAGUUCCAGUAAUCCAAACAUUAGCUAAGGGUCACAUGAGGUCAAUCCCAACAGAGACGCAAAACCUGGAAAUCCUGCAGUUCCAGCAGCUGCUCAUUGGGGGCGCUAUAGUCUGAACCAAACCGGAACAAAACAGAAAGAAUCUGGUCCACCUGCUCCUCUCUGCUCCUCCUUUACCCAGCAUGCAUUUCCAAACUCCUUCAUGGUUCUUGCAUCUUCAGGUUAACGUUGAGUUUGGUUCUCCUCCAAUCACAGACUUUACAGAACCUCCUCCCUUUGGUUCUCUUCCUCCGUUUGGUUCUCCUCCUCCCUUUGGUUCUCCUCUCUUUGGUUCUCCUCCAAUCACAGAGUUUACAGCACCUCCUCACUUUGGUUCACCUGAUCCCUUUGGUUUUACUUCUCUUUGGUACUCCUCUCGUUGGUUCUCCUCCUCCCUUUGGUUCUCCUCCCCUUUUGUUCUCCUCCCUUUUGUCCUCCUCUCUUUGGUUCUCCUCUCAUUGGUUCUCUUCCUCCGUUUGGUUCUCCUCCUCCCUUUUUUUCUCCUCUCUUUGGUUCUCCUCCAAUCACAGAGUUUACAGCACCUCCUCUCGUUGGUUCUCCUUCUCCCUUUGGUUCUCCUCCUCUCUUUUGUCCUCCUCACUUUGGUUCUCCUCUCGUUGGUUCUCCUCUCGUUGGUUCUCCUCCUCCUUUUGGUUCUCCUCCCUUUGGUUCUCCUCCUCCGUCUUAGAAAUCUUUGCGAUAAGUUGGGCCGUCGUCUUCGUUCUCAAUGACUCCAGAUUCCAGUGGAGCGUUACCAUUACCCAUAAUCCCCUGGGCUGCUACAAGCUAGGCUCAUUAUUGAAGAUCAUUUUAUCCAAGUCAUUUCAUUUUAUUGAUUUUAUUUUCAUUUGAACAAACAAACCCGUUAAAAAGUUCUGACCCGUUUGUGCUGCAGCUAAAGCUUCCCUGCUGUGACCUCGCUGACGUUAGACGGGAUUAUCAGGAACCGGUUCCACAAACAGAAACACCUUCAUUGAGUUCAUGGACUAAAAGGUUCAGCAGCAAAAACGUCAAAGAUCCAAACCAGAACCGAUGUGCUGAAUCCUCGUCUCCGUUCAGGUGUUCACCUCUCAGGCGGAUCCUGUUGGUUAUUUACCAUCACACAAAGACAAACGUCUUUUUGGGGAAAGUUCCAGAAAAUCCACCGUAACACAAACCUGUAAACAACAACAAUCUGUGUUUUUCAGCUCUGAUGUUCAGUUUAAUUUCACUCGGUCAGGACCGUCGCCUCCUGUUGUUGUUCCACAAAACUCUUGAUGUGUUUGUUUUUGAUGUAAACAAGAGGUAAAGAAGUUUUUUAUUCCUGUAAAUAAUGUAAACACGCCGGUGUGUCGGCGUGACGACGGGCUUCAGCACUGACAGAAGAGAAGCCGAGCUUUUUUGGAGAACCUUUUUUAUGUAAAUCAGGACGUGAUUUUUCUACUAAAAGACAAAGUGAUGCUGAAGGACGCUCAUCCACUCUGCAUGUACAGAACCGUCUCCAUGCUCAUCCGUGGAGCGCUCGGCGUUCCCGUUUCCUUCCUUUCCGUCCAGGUCUUUGCAUUCUCUGUGUGGGACUUCUCCAGGUCGGUUUGUGUUCACUUUACGUUCUUCUGCUCCUUCCAGGUUCUAAGAACACCUGGAAGGAGCCGGUGAACACGGUGAGAAGAGCGGUUCUGGUUCUGUUGGAUUUACAACAGCAAACUUUUAGAAUUUUCGAUGAAAAUACAGAGAAAAGUCCCAAACUUUUGUAACCAGCAGCCGAACCGUUCUUCCCGCGCCGUGUUCACGCCGACCGCCGUCUUCUGUUGUGACCGGAUCACAUCAUUCAGUCUGAAACUGCCCUUCAUGGAGUUUUCAGUGAUGCCACAAUAAACAGGCAUUCUUCCA